UAGGAACACCAACAAAGCUUUCUGAGCCAGAGGUAGCUUAGCGUGUUUGAGGACCACGUGGGGAAAAGUCUUGGUACAUACAUUGUAAGGUGAUGUCAGUGACCUUUUUCCCCCUCCAAGUUCACAUCUGAUACCUUCCGGGAAAAAAAGUUGGGAUCGACCCUUCAACAAUAUCAUUGAACUGGCCUGGCCAUCAUUCCAAGAUCCAGCUGACUGUACACAGUGAACGGGCCAACAACCACUGCCCCAUUUUAUGGGUACCUCACCAGUCAUUCACAAAAAAAAUUGGAGCUGUGUCCCACGAGAGAUCACUGACAGCAGGGCUCUGCACAGCAUUCAACCUGGGGGCAAGAACAAAGAUCAGUUCCGCAGUGUGUGUGCAGUGAUGCUGUUCAUAGGAUAGUGCUACACCGCCAAACUACCGGCCGGCACCUAUAUAAAAGUGCACAGUCAGGACAGGUCCCCUUCACAGGAGCUCAAGACUGUUGAUUCAGCGUGUCUGGAAAACUCAAAGGCUUCAGCUCAGAGAGAGAGAAGAAUAAGCUUGAUAGCCAGCUUGAUAACUGACUUGGUGCGUCAUAACUUCAAGAAGUUGUGAAUUACAAACAGCUUAAGAGAGAAACUUUUUUUCUUCUGAACCUCUUCAGACAGAGCCUUGGCACUGAACCAAGUUUUUUUUUGAUAACCGGGGCAGAAAUCCGAUUAAGUUUCUUCAAGACAGCUGGAAUCCGCCACCGGUACUGCCAUGAACUUCAGAAUGGAUACAAUGCUCAAGUGUCUGGCUGUUCUAAUGAUCAGCAUUAGCAGCAUCUACCAGCAAGUAGACGGUGUUUCGCUAAGAUGCGGAAGCCACAUGUACGCUGGGUCUGGUACCCUGACUUCCCCUAACUACCCAGGGCAGUACCCUGCAGAUGCAGUCUGUGCCUGGAAGUUAACAACAGAUGAAGGGAACCAUGUUUCUCUGACCUUCAACUCUUUCGAGAUUGAGGACUCGGCAGACUGCUAUUACGAUUACCUGAUCUUAUUUGACGGAGCUGAUGAGAUGGCGCCAGUGCUUGGUCGUUACUGCGGACAGGAAACCCCACGCACUGCCACCUCAACUGGCUCCAAACUCUACGUGAAAUUUGUCAGUGAUUCCUCCAUAGAGAGGCUGGGGUUCCAUGCCAACUUCAGCACAGGCUGCUCAAGAAAUCUUGUUGGCCCAAGAGGACAGCUGACCUCCCCAAACUACCCCGGCUACUACCCCAGCAAUCAGAACUGCCUCUACAAGAUCACCGUCGGCAACAACAAACUGAUACGGCUCCAGUUUCUCAUCUUUGCGAUAGAAGGAACGCCAACUUACUGCAGUUAUGACAGCUUGGAGAUAUUUGACGGGACAACUGAAAACUCAAAGCUGAUUGGUCGAUAUUGCGGCUCGGACAUACCCACUCCAGUCAUAACAUCCUCCAACGUGAUGAUGAUGAGAUUUCUGAGUGACGAGUCGGUCGGUUACCAAGGCUUCUAUAUUGAGUUUGAGGAAGUCGAUACUGAUUUUGCACCGAGCAACCCAUGCCAUGUUGGCAAUGGUGGAUGUGACCAGCUGUGCGAGAUACGACAUAGCAAGCCGACGUGUCGCUGCAGAGCUGGCUACAAACUAGCCAAGAACAAAAUCACAUGCAUUGACAGGAAUGAAUGUUCCUCUGACGAUCGGUGUUCCCAGAUCUGUGUCAACACGGAGGGCAGUUAUCACUGCGAGUGUCAACGAGGCUACCACCUAGCCGCCAAUGCCUGGGCAUGCGCGGAUGUUGAUGAGUGUCUGGUCGGCAAUGGUGGCUGUCAGGAAGUGUGCCGCAAUAUCAUCGGCUCUUUCGUCUGUGAAUGCUCCACCCCCGGGUCAGAACUGCUGAUCGAUGGCCGCAGCUGUGGGAUCAAAGCCAACUGUCGAGAAAACAAUGGUGGAUGCAACCACGUCUGCCAUGAGAAGUUCAACGGGCGAUACUGCUCGUGUCACGUAGGAUUCCUUCUGGCAGAUGACGGAUUUAAUUGCACAGAUAUUAACGAGUGCCAGCAUCUGGGAGGAUACGGCAUUAUGGGACACCAUUGUAACCAGCAGUGCAUCAACACGCCAGGGAGCUACUACUGCGACUGCAACGAAGGGUUUGACCUCAGCCCAAACGGCCGAGUAUGUAAAGACGUUGACGAAUGCGCCACAGAGCUCCGAAACCAGUGCGACCACAGCUGUAUCAAUUUCCCCGGGGGUUUCCGCUGCGAGUGUUUCCAGGGGUUCUACUCGGAUACGUCCAGCGGCCCGGGCAUCAUGAGAUGCAUUGACAUCAAUGAGUGUAACCCGCAACCCGAGGACUGCCACGUCUGCAAUAAUUUUGACAGCGGCUUUGAAUGCGAGUGUCGACAGGGCUUCCUCCAAAACGAGAACAUCACCGGUUGCCUUGACAUCAACGAGUGCUUGGAGCAUAACGGUGACUGUCAGCAUGUCUGUGUCAACCUGCCCGGUAGCCAUGAGUGCCGUUGCCGCAACGGGUACCAGGGAACAGACUUGACCAAUCAGGUGUGCGUGGAUAUCGACGAGUGCGCGGCUGACAGGAGGGGGCCAUGUGAUCAUGCCUGUACAAACACAGAAGGAUCAUUUGAAUGCACCUGCGACGCUGGUUUCUACCUGAAAGACAACAUGCUACGAUGUGAAGACAUUGACGAGUGUGUGGACGAUAAUGGAGGAUGUAGCCAACGAUGCUACAACACACUAGGCUCCUGGGAAUGCGGGUGUUUCGAUGGUUACUUUCAGGAGGAACCUGAUGUGGAUUACUGCGCUGAUAUCGACGAGUGCACGGCCACUGACUCGAACGCACAUCGCUGCGCCGCUGAAGACAAUGCUGUGUGCUCAAACGUGGAAGGGAACUACACCUGUACAUGCCCUCCAGGAUACAUGACACACGAGUGGAACCAUUGUAAAGAUGUUGACGAGUGCGAGAAUGAAAUGCUGCAUCACUGCCAUCAAGAGUGCGUGAAUGUUGACGGAGGAUUUCAUUGUGCAUGCUUUGAAGGCUUUUUCAUGAUCAACGAAACACACUGCGAUGAUAUCAAUGAGUGUGAGCAGGAAUUGUGUGACCACAAUGACCUGUGUGUCAAUAACAUCGGCAGCUUCACGUGCGACUGUAGACCAGGCUAUUUCCUAAUGGCUGACGGCCAGUCAUGCUCAGACGUCAAUGAAUGCAAUGAUGAGAAUGGGGGAUGUGCUCACGUCUGCAUCAAUGAUAAGGGAGGACAUCGGUGCGAGUGUCAUGAGGGUUUUGAGCUGCAGCGAGACAGCAGGUCCUGUGAGGACAUCAACGAGUGCGAGUCUAACUUUGCCUGCUGCAACCAGAUGAACAACUGUCUGAAUCUCCAGGGUAGUUACACCUGCAGCUGUGACCCUGGUUACUUCAUGAGUGCGGACAAUUGCACAUGCUUGGAUAUCAAUGAAUGUGAGAGGGACAAUGGAGGCUGCAGCCAGAUCUGUACCAAUUACGAAGGAUAUUACAAUUGUUCAUGUGAAGCAGGCUUUGAAGCAAUGCAAGACAACCUCAAGCAGUGUCUAGACAUUGAUGAAUGCCAAAAUGAAAACGGUGGAUGUGAUCAUGCUUGCACAAACUAUGGAGGCAGUUACAACUGCUCCUGUGAACCCAACUUCAAGCUUGGCAUCGAUGCGCAUUCCUGCCAGCAUUGUCCAACUUGUGAAAACUUUGAGGAGAUGCAGAUGAUGAUUCUUGGGUUGCGUGAUACCAUAGCAACCAUGCAGAAUGCCAUACUGGAAGUCAAAGCACAGAACGAGCAACUCUGGGAACGGAUCCGCUCCAUUGAAGACCGACAAAAUGAGAAUUCGGCACUAGCUACCCACAAGCUGACCAUGCAGGAGCCAGCGCAAAAACCCAAAACGUUGGCCCGACACUCAUUACCAGUCCACUGAAGAGAGCUUUGAUCAUCCCCUUCACAGAGCUUGCAUGACCACCGAAACUGUGUUCCCUCCGAAAAAAAUAUAAUAAAGUCAGAAAAGUUACAGCAUGAGUAUUUUGAUCGCAUGUUGCACUCUUUUGUAAUCACUGACUUUUUUUGUAAUGUGCAUAUUUCACUUGUGAUCUGUGAUUUUAUUCCAAAUUUGAGUUUUAUCCAUCCAAAUUUGUUAGAAUUAUAUGAUUAUUGAAUUUCAACCUAUACAUAUUUAUGUUUCUUCCAUUUUUGGGUGGCAGAAGCCCCACACAAGAUGGCUCUUGUGAACUGUUUCAAUUAAUCUACUUGUUAUCUCGAAAACGGCUGGCGUUGUAUAUAACACCUGCAGUAAAUGGCUGACAUUUUGCGUCACAGAACUCGUAAUUUCCACAGCAGAUUGCAUAACAAAAGGUUUCUAGCUCAGUGCAAGGUUAAAGUAAAUAGUGCAGGGUGAGGGUUCGACUAUCAGAUGCAAGAAGUACCAAAAAGAAAAUCCAAUUGCGAAUUGAGCCUCAAGUAUCAUUGUUUUCGUGGAAUUGAUGGAUAAAAGUGAUACUUUUUUUAAUGAAUGAGAAACAAAAUGGCAAACAGCAUCUGAUGAGCUCUUCGUGUAAUAAAGGUAGUCAAGGAGACACGAUCAGAAAAGCUUAAUCUUAUUCUACAGAAUUCAUACGCAUAUAGUGUCGUGUGGCUUUAAUAAUAAAGCAUUAUUUAAAUAAAAGAUAUGGAGAAAAAAUAAUUAAUGUUUUCUGAUCUGAUAGUGUAAGUUAUAAGUAAAAGUGCUGAAAUCGUAAAAAUGCAGUUUUAAUGCAACUUCCAAAAAUGCAGUUACUGCUGUUUACAGCUUUUUAUGACAUGUUAAACAGUUGGAUGCAAACAAGUUUGACACUUGUUAACAAUCCUUUUUGGUAGAUCCUCAAGGUUAUUGUGAAUGAAUCGGUGCUCAUUAGAUGAUAAUUAUUGGCUAUUUUCUAAACCAACCUUCACUUCAGCUCUGCUAUUUACCGAUGGAAACAGAAGUUCCUAUCGAUCGUAGUUAUUUGUAGUAUUUUUGGAAAGCUGCACACGAUGACUAAAAAAAUGAAAAGAAAAAAAAAUUAAAUAAACAUGCCCAAGUUUGCAUUUCCUGUGUCAAUAGCUAGCAGUAGUAACUGUCUAUGUACAUAGUGUAAGUUAACGGUGUUGUAAGGUAGUUUGACUGUCGAAAAGGUACAAACGCACAUGUAAUGUGAAAUGAAUUAGAAUCGGAGUAUUUCUUUAUUUUAAUUGUUUUUUAGAAAAACAACUUAUAGCGUUGCAGUUAUUUUCAUACGAAAUCCAAACUUUUGUAAAUAAUAAAUAUUAUUGAAUAAUAUUGUAAUAACGAAAUUCUAACAUCGUUUUUAUCUAUUUUAUAUUUUUCACGCUGGUUAAUUUAGUUAUAUGUGUCUUUUAAUCCAGUUAGCUUGAGUGUAGUUUUAUACGAAAACGGCCUAAAAGUAUAUGUGAAAAUUUAUUGAGUUUGUUUUUUAGUAACACGAUUUUACAAAUGUCAAAUAUUUAUAUACGACCGGUACGAGAACUACCAAUUUCCCCUGGUAACUAACGGCAGUUAUAACUAUGUAUGGAAGAAAUUGUGUUGUUGCAGGUCAUUUUUUUAGAGGAGGGGACAAUGUUCAAUUCACGCCUUGAUCACGAUACUUGUUUUCUCGGGGUUUUUUUUUACUGCAGUUUGAACAUUAAUAAGAAUAUUUCGAGAAAUAAGUGUGGACUGUUUUCGAUUCUCCAAUUUUUGUUUUCGGUUGUUCCGACUCCGCUUUCACUUGAAUUUUGGUCGAAAUAUUUUUUUUUAAUCUUCAGGCCCUAAAAAUAAAGAUAUUAAUAUCCCAUAUAAAAGUUAAUAAAAAAAACCGAAUAUCGACAAAAACGUGAUUGAACGGAAAUUGCUAAAUUGUCUUCGUUCUCGCAAAAAAAAAACGGGAAUGAAAUACAGGUGUUGCUCCCGAGUUAUUGUCCCCAUCCGACAGGAAACUGAUUAUCAUGCUUAAAAUUAUCAUUUUUACGAACGUAUCGUGGCUCUUCCUCAAACGAUCGUUUGACAUAUUGUUUACUCUUUGUUAUGACGUUAUUUUUCAAAUAUUUGUUUAGACAAUAUCCGAGUGGAAUAUUAACCAUAGAUAGACAGGAACAGGCAGGAGCUUGCAUACAUUUAACCAAAAACAAACGAACUUUCUAGUGUUUUCACUUGGGGGGGGGAAUGUUGUCACGUAGGCCUGCACUCACAGUCCCUGUAAACAAAAAUUGUUUGCCUUUUUUGACGACUGAUGACGGUUUUAGAAUACAAAGUUCAAGCUGAAUGCCCAAUCUAGAUCAACGCGUAAUCGCCCGUACGACGCUGACGUCAGUUCAGUUCGGUUUUUAUAACGCCUGAAAGAAUCCCCGUCAACUGAUUGAUGGGUCGUUGAUCACGUGUCAUUGAAUAAGUCGCAGUGCACGGCACAGCCGCACUGCAAAAAUAGAAGUUUCAAAUUAUUCUUACCAUUGCACGCAAAACAUUUAUUAUCUGUAUAUCAUUCGACCGUUUUGGGGAAGUAUUUUUAGAUCAAUGCUUGCUUCUGUUACAGUUUAACGAUAUUUUUCAAGUUUAAGGUUUGUAUAAUUUUCUGUCAAACACUCCAGGUUUCUUGUAAACUGUUUGAAAUAAAUAAAUAAAUCUCAGAAACCUUUCUUGAUUGACCUUAUCAGUAUUAACAAUGAUGGGAAUUUAGUAUACACUUCGUAUAAGGUUUUUGAUGAGAACAAAUUCAAAUUGUAAAUAAUCUGUUACGGUGUGAAAUAAACUAUUUUUGAGUUUCUGCAUUUUGUAAGUAUUUGGAUUCUAAGCAA